AUGCCAUAUAAUAUACUACACCCGGUAUCCAUAUCACCUUAUGUGGCGUCACACCUCUCGACUAUAUACGAGUCGACAGAUUAUAGACAACAGAUACAUUCUAUAUCCCAUAUUCUACAUAUCAUGUCUUCUCUUGAAUGCCUGCAGAAAAACGGCUUCGUGGUGAUCCGCUUGAUCCUGUCGCCUGAAGAAAUCAACACCCUCCAGACCGCCGCACUGAAAGCAAUCAAACGCACCCGCGCAGGCGAAUGGCCGUACCUGCGCUCUUCGCUUAUCCAGGACCACCAUGUUGGGGCCAUUGCCCUGCAGGCGAGGAAUUUACUAGACGCCCCCCAAGCUAUUCAGCUCAUUCAGUCGCUGCAAAACCUCGCCUACGCGGCCGGCCACAAACCCCCCCUCUUGAUCAGUCUGGACCAGGAGAAUGGCGCCGUCAACUCCAUCGGCGACGACAACUAUCUGCGCCAGUUUCCCUCUGCAAUGGGCCUGGCGGCGUGCAACGACCCUCGUCUCACCCGAGUGCCGCCGAGCUGGCGUGUUUAG